AUUAUGUCUGUUUAAGUAUAUUAUAUAUAUAUAUAUAUAUAUAUAUAUAUAUAUACUACAAUUAGGAUGAUGCUAUUUAAAAACCCUCAGUCACGGGUCACAGACCACCGCUCUUUGAUAAUAAACCGGUCCACCUGGAGUUGCAGGCACUUAAUUAUUACUAUGUAUCAAGAUCUGGCAUCGCUCUAAAGUGGUUUGAAACAUAGUAGGCCUAUCAAUAAUGCCCUCACUGUUCGCACAGUUUAAACUUAUUGUCUCUCCUAAUCACCACAGAGCUUUUGGUUGGGACAACCUUGCUAUGCUUGCUUGUAAUUGCGUGCGGAAUCUAUUGCUCAAGGCUGUUAGAUGCUUUGCCCUUUAAGGUUUGUUAAUAAAUGUGUGCUCAAGCUUGCCAUCGAUGUCAUUCUGUUUGUUCUAUUGUUUAGGGAUUUUAACAUGGCUAAACUUCAUCCCAGUCUUUAUGGCAUGUGCCACCAUUCACAAUAUUUGCAGAAAGGCACCUAACUUUCAAAUUUAGCAUAGUCCUUGUGUCAAAUAAGACCUAACACAUAUAUCCUUCCCUUAGAUAAGCCAAAUCAUAAUUUUAUAAUAGCAUAAUUAUUAAACAGUUGCAUGAGUAUUGCUUGCUGUUUUGGGGUUUUAGGCUGGGGUUCUGUACAGCACUUUGAGAUAUCAGCUGAUGUAAGAAGGGUUAUAUAAAUACAUUUGAUUUGAGUAUGCUUGACUGAAUGCUAAAACCUGCGUCUCCCAGAGGUAUAGUGGGCUUUAGCCUUGUUGAACAACACAAUCUUGAAAUGCCCAGAAAUGGGUUUUGAUUCCUGGUUGUUUACAAUAAGCAUAGUUUGAGCCUAUAGUCACUCAGUGGGACUCUCUUGUGAUGGAAUGCUAUCUGCAACUCUUUUCAUGCAGUUAUAGGUCUGGAAACAAGUCUUGAUUGAAGGGGUGUUGAGUAAUACAAUGAAUUGCCUCUAAUGAAUUUUCCAUGAAUGAAAUGAAAGGCCAGUGGGGUGAAGUAAAGAGUAGUUUGUGGCCUGAUGAAACCUGUAUGUGUCCUGAUGGCAUUACGUAAGACGAGUGGGAUUUGGUUAGUAAUGUAAUCCGGAGAGGUUUGGGUCGAUUGUCUCUGCCUCAUGAUUUAAUCUGGUCUGAAUUGAUUGUUUGUGUCUGUCUGUGCGGAACGUGGCUGUCAUUGUCAGCGGCUGUGUGUCCCAGCAGGUGGUGUGUGGCGCGGUGUGAGGGGAGGUCAUGCCCCUGGUCAAGAGGAACAUAGAGCCCCGGCACCUCUGUCGAGGGGGGCUGCCCGAGGGGAUUGGCAGUGAGCUGGAGUGUGUCACCAACAACACCCUCUCUGCCAUCAUACGCCAGCUCAGCAGUCUAAUCUCUCUGCAGGACAUCAACAUGCGCAAGGCAUUUAAAAGCUCUACAGUCCAGGACCAGCAGGUGGUGUCCAAGAGCAGCACGUCCAACCCUGUGGAGGACAUGUACAACACCAGCGACAAGCCUCCUUCUCUCAGCAUUCUCUCUGCUUACAGAGAUGACCACACCGAUGGGAUGAAGUUCUACACGGACCCAUCCUACUUCUUUGACCUGUGGAAGGAGAAGAUGCUGCAGGACACGGAGGACAAGAGGAAGGAGAGAAGAAGACAACGCGAGCAGAAGCGAUGUGUUGACGGCACACUUCAGCGCGAGGUGAAGAAGGUUCGUAAAGCCAGAAACCGCCGUCAGGAGUGGAACAUGAUGGCGUUCGACAAAGAGCUCCGCCCAGACCACCGCCACCCUCACUCUCUCCACCGGGGGGUGUCGUCUGAGGGCUCCCUCUCCCCAGAGAGCAGAUAUGGUCAUGACCUGCCAGACUACCCAACUGCUCCAGGCCUUCCACAUUCUGCAUCCAACCAUGCCCUGGCUCACCCCUACCCGCCUGCAGACAUUCACGAGUCUGUAGAGCAUGAGUACCACAGCAUCGGAGUCAGUUACAGAGAAGGGACUCUCAACCGCACACACCACUCCCCACCUCUGCAUCGCUCCACUGAGAGAAUAAAUGGCACUAUGACGCUUCCACCUGCGGACUACAGUAUAAUGGAGUACUAUGCCAGUUCCGGACCACCACCCCCUCCCCCAGCCCCUCUUAUCCCAUCCGCACAGACAGCCUUUGGCUCUCCCAUGGUAUCCCCCACCCCCCUUACUGGAUCUAGGACAGGGGCCACAGGCUAUGGUCUCCCACCCCUACCUCCCCCAGGACCUCGUAUGAUUCCACCUCCCCCAGGUCCCCCUCCACCACCAGUACCCCCUGCCCCACCCCAACUGGCAGGACUCAGUGAUGGGAAGAGACAGGACACCCAGCCUCGAAGUGACCUUCUGUCAGCUAUUCGCAUGGGCAUCCAGUUGAAAAAGGUGCAGGAGCAGCAGGAGCAGCAGGCUAAGCGGGAGCCUGUGGGGAACGAUGUGGCCACCAUCCUGUCCCGUCGCAUCGCAGUGGAGUACAGCGACUCGGAGGACGACUCCGAACUGGAAGAGAACGACUGGUCCGACUGACCCUGACCCCGUCCUUUACAGUGACCUCACACCAUGGACACAUCACUCCUCCAGCCCAGCUAUCCCACAAUGGUGAUGAUGCAGUACAGAUGAAUUAUGGGAGUCAUAUUUUCAGUAUGCAUUAAGUGGGUAUAGGCUGAGAAUCCACUUGCAUUUUAGUGUAAGUCCUGUAGGUGAGUGGACAGGACAUGAAUUGAAGGAAAAUUAGUGUCCUGAUGAACUGAGAUUCAGCUGAAAUCACUCAAAGGUACACGGACCAAAUAACCAAGUAGUGAAUUUCCCUUUUCCAUACAGAGCUGUCUAAUCUCUCUUUAUCAGACGCCAACGUUACCAUUUCAUCUGACAUAGAUCACCAACACUGUAUUCUCAAUGUCACUAACCUCAUUUAUGAUUUGAUCUGGAUUUAGAAACCAUUAGAAAGGCUUGAGGUUCUCUCUGUAGCUUAGACUGGCUCUGAACAGACAUAGCGGGUACGUUCCAGCCCGACUGUAUUUAAGAUGCAACCAGUGACAAUAAUUAUGAAUUGCUUGUCAAUGUAAACAUGUCUCUUCACAUGUAUUCCAGAAAUACAUUUAAUAUGAUAUGCAGAUCAGCAAGCUGUCCACUGAGUGGCACUGUGCUCACGUUUAAUGCUCACUAUUUGAAUGAUUCAUUUUUGAGAUUCGAAAAUAAAAAUAAAUUCUAGAUUUCUAGCUAUCAACAAACUGCAAACGUUUUCAUCAUGCUGAAAUGUUGAAUGAAGAGUGACAGGGUGACAAUGUGAGUAGAUUACCUUAAAUAGACCUCAAACAAGUCAAGGACUUCAUACUGCAUGAGGUCUCUAAUAUACUGUAUGGACAGGCUCCUAUUUGACUAGAUGCACUGCUGUGACACCUGUGCAUGAAUUCCAUACAAGGCGUCUUUCGUACAAAUGGAAUAGUGGGGAUAAAUGUUUGUUUGACAAGGGCAAAUGUAGAUAUUUUAUAUGUUUGCAUAAUAGCCCAAUUUCUGUGCUAUUGCAACCCACAAAACCGAUAACUCUGAAUGGAUUCAAAUUCAGUAAGAACAUCAGAAAGAAUUUAAUAUUUAGUCAAAUCUGAUAUUGAAUAACUGAAUUUGGCAAAAAUUAUAUGAUGGAAAAAGACAACCAUUGGGUAACCAAUGUUUAUUAUAGUUUAUAUUUUCCCAGACCAGUUCAGAGCAAACCAGACCAUAGAUGGAAUAAAAUUCCCCAGAGCUUCAACUGCAUCAAAAGUUUCACACAGUUCCCCGAGCGCUGUCUUCAAAGAGGGUGACUCCCAGAAUGCCUCAGCUUGUUUGUGGUUUAAGGGGUGCACACAACCUUGGAAAGAUCAUCAAAUCACUGUUUUACCACUCUACUUAAUCCCUACAACAAAUAGAAAGAUUACAAAAAGGAGAGAAUGGAGAGAAGUGGAGUGUGAGAUUAAGUAGAAACUUGAUGGAUGCAAAUUGACUGCUCAGUUUCCCAGUGUUGCUAAGGGGAGUGACGAAUCUUGAUUUCAAAUCUCCCAGGCCGGAGAGUGGCUGGUGAUCGGACGUUCCCUGUUACCUCUGCAGUGGCCAGCCCCUCUAUUAGUGUCCGUUGUUGUGGCCAUCUGCCGGAUUACCCAGCAGGUUAUAUUUUUAUAGAGAGCAUCCCAUUCUUAUCCCGCCUGCAAAGGUUUACAUUAAGGUUGAACUCGGGUGCGCUUACAAUAGCUGAUGAAGUAAGCUCUAUCCUUCUAACAGCAGCCCUUCUCAUCUUCUCACUGUUAGAGAGGCUGGUUACGCUGGGUUUAAAAGGGCUGCUUUACUAUGGCAUGAAAGAGGAUCUCAUGCAACGCCACUGUCGCCGAUUUCUUUUCAUGCAUCAUCAAUAAGUGAUGCCCAGGAUAAAAAAAAAAAACAUUUGUAUGUGCCAAGUGUAAUUGUCUAAUUCUAAUAGGCAUCAAAAGGCCAACUUUUCUGUGUUACCAUACAGGUGAACUCAUUCCUGGGAAAAACAUUUUUUUCUCAGCCUAGUAGGAGCGAUGGCGUCCCCCUUUUUCCCUGGUCUAACGAGAUUAGUCGUGCCAGUGCUCCCCCGGCUGUCACGCUACUGUCUACUUCCCAUCUCUCCCCCGGGCCUCUAAAGUGAUUAACCCAGCCCCUGUGGUCCGCACGGUUCUGUAGGGUAAUUAAGGGGGGGGGGGGAGGCACCCCCCUGGCAUGUCCCUCCCCAGGCCUUACUCGCUCUCUUUGGCACCUUUGUAAGAUGGGAUGGGCUGGGGUGUAUGAAAGUGAGAAGUACCAGUGACUGAAAGAGAACUUUCUGAAAGUGUGUAGGAUUCAUGAAUUAUUCAAUUAAUUUUAGUAUCCAUUUAAUGUGAUACAGGUCCACAUUUAGAUGUAUCAUGUAAUCCUUACCCAGCUCGGAGCUUGUGAUAACACAUUGUGGGAACUGAGUCCUCAUUUAAAAAUUAGCAUGCAUUUGGUCCAUGCUUAGUCUACGUGAUCUUUCCUCUCAUAUCUAUCAAGCCGAUUAUCAAAUCUCAGUAAAAGCUUAUAAAUACUUGACAAUGGCAUGCAGAUUAUUAUACUAUUGGAUGUGUUGACCACUGACAAUCUGUUCAAACCAUUUGCAUCCUGACAUUUGUCUUUUAAAAAGAGCAGUACUGAAUAUUCAUCACAGGCUUAAGGGAAAGUAAUAAUGAUUGAGUCUGCCCAUCAUCUUGUCAGACCUCAGCGUUAUGUGGAUGCGCCUGUUUAACACAUGUCACGCUCAUGUUCGACUUGUCUGCCACAAGUUUUCCAUCAUGGCAUCUGUUCCUUAAUGAUCGGUGGGGAACUAGGUCUCCCAAACCACAUGGCCUUUACCACCCCACUGAAUAAAAAGCUUAUCUGAUGAAUAAAAGGCCUUCCAAAGGACAAAAGUAAUUACUCA